UCUGAAAAUCUAUCUUUUUGUAGAUUAUGUGCAAAAAAAUUUUCUGAUACCAUUUUAAUUAAGAUGAACAGUGAGAAAUUCGUAAAUUGUAACUUAGCUGAAAGAAUUCAUCAAUAUUUUAUCAUAAGUAUAACAGAAAGUGAUAUUCUACCCAGAGAUGUAUGUAAUAAUUGUUGUCAAAAAGUACUCGAAACUUACGAGUUUCAUCAAGAUAUUUUAAAAGCACAAGAGUUUCUAGAAAAAGAAACAUUCCAUCAAACUAAACUAGAAAUAAAAGAUGAAGACACAGAUAAAUUUUUCGAAGAAUCUUAUAAUUCAAUGCUCGAUAGUAAUAACUCAUUCGCGGAAGAUUCAUUAGACGGCGAGCCUUUAAUUAAACGUGAUGGACGAAAAUCGACAGAAUAUAAAGGAAAAAUAAAAACCAAAAUCUUGUUUGAUCAACUAAACAAAGAAACGGAAGGUAAAUUUAAACAUUCUACACUAAACGGUUUAUUAGUAUGGAAUGUAUUUUUAGAGAUUAAACAUAGUUUCAAGUUUGACAAAUACAUAAGCGGGGAAAAACAAAAAGCAAAUAUUAAUUUUAUAUUAUCUUCAAAAUAUCUCAAAAAGAAAAACACUAAGUACUUACAGCUGGGAAAAUAAUAUCUUUAAAAAAUCUUAUUUACUUCAAUGGAAAUCUAGAGUAAUAGAAAGUAUGCAUACAAUCCUAGAAACUUGCCAGGCAGCAAUCUGAAACACCAGACGAAAUUAAUGGUGUCUGAUACAUCUGUUCAGGGGAAUUUUUAAACAAUCUUGACGUCUUCAAUCUCAUAUGAGUCACUGUAAUUAUUAAGCCAAACUGUUUAUAAUGAUUAAUAAUUAAUGAUUUCCAAUUCUCAUUUUUGGUAAUGAUAUCUGGCCAGCAUUGUAGUCGUGUCACUGGGGGAUAUAAGAACAACUCUUUUUUACGGCAUGGCGCCAAAAUACAUACUGAAAGGAGCAGAGAUUCUGUUAGCAGACACAUUGCCUAAUAUUCAUGCAAAUAUUUUGAGCAAUCGGACAAAUCGGACCUCAUUUGUGAAAAAUUAUGGUCUAGAAAUAAAGGCAGCGAUUUUUUAAGCCUGUGUUAAAAUAUUCUCAAAUUUGUAGUAAAAAAAAAAGAAAUUUCCUCAGAAUGUUUGGGUCUUUAGAUCCAAAUUUUUGGAUCUAAUUAUCCUAGGAGCAAUUCAUAUCUUAACGAGAGUUAUUCCUACUUCUCGGUGAGUAUAUAGAUCCUAACAGGUCUGGAAGGUCUUGCUAAUUACUAUUAUUUGUAGUAUCCUUUGCAC